AUGGCCCUGCAGCUCCUGCUCCGUUUGGCCUUCCUCAGGCUCACCGCCACCGCCACCGCCACCGCCGGGCCCACGGUCCAGGAGCGGGGCUUUCGGACGCUGCCAGCAGCUGCCUGGCCAUCCCACUUCGACCUCAACUGGCUCCCGGUUCAGGAAACCAUCCAGAUCCCAAACAACGGGAGCGCGCCCCUGCUCGUGGAUGUGCAGGUGUUUGUGUCCAAUGUGUUUAACGUGGACAUCCUGCGGUACACAGUGUCCUCCAUGCUGCUGCUCCGGCUGUCCUGGCUGGAUACUCGCCUGGCCUGGAACUCGGGUGUGUACCCGCGGCGUGCAGUCACACUGCCCUGGGACUCACUCUGGACUCCGGGCCUCACCAUCCAGGAGGCGCUCUGGGUGGACUGGCAGGAUCAGAGCCCGCGGGCCCAAGUGGACCCCGACGGCCACGUUGAGCUGUAUUUGGCCCUCACCACCGAGACCAACUGUGAUUUUGAGCUCCUCCACUUCCCCAGGGACCAGAGCGACUGCAACCUCAGCUUCUACGCUUUCAGCAACACUGCGCUGGAGCUGGAGUUCCGGGCGCACGCGGUGAACGAGAUCGUGAGCGUCAAGAGGGAGUAUGUCAUUCGGGAUCUGAAAACCCAAGUCCCAGUCCAGCAGCUGGUGCCCUGCUUCCAGGUGACGCUGCGCCUGCAGAACACAGCACUGAAGGCCAUCAUAGCGCUGCUGGUGCCCGGGGAGGCGCUGCUGCUGGCAGACGUGUGCGGGGGGCUGCUGCCCCUCCGGGCCGCCGAGCGCAUUGCCUACAAGGUGACCCUGCUGCUGGGCUACCUGGUCUUCCACUCCUCCCUGGUGCAGGCCCUGCCCAGCUCCUCCUCCUGCAACCCGCUGCUCAUUUACUACUUCACUGUGCUGCUGCUGCUGCUCAUCGUCAGCACCAUGGAGACUGUGCUGCUGGCUGCGCUGCUGGCCCGGGGCAACCUACGGGCCAAGGGCGGCCCCAGCCCAGCCCUGAGAGGGGAGCGGCAAGAUCACAGGGACUCAGAGCCGAAUCCUGAAGGUGCUCCCAGAGCGAAGGGGUCCGGAAGGAGCCUGGCCGAGGCUGCCGACCACGUCUUCUUCCUGGUGUAUGUGGUGGGGGUAGUGUGUAGCCAGUUCAUCUUCACUGGACUCUGGAUGUGGGCGACGUGCAAGUCUGACCCAGCCCCUGGCAAGGCCGUACCCCACGGCGGGCAGCCCAGGCUGUGACAGCGCAGGGUCCGGGGCUGCCACCCAGGGGAAGGGCCGUGAUAGGGCGUCUGGGGAAAGGAGGAGGUCAGCUCUUCUCUGCAGCCCGGAGGCUCCCAGGCCACCCUGAGUUCUCCCUUCUGACAGCAUGUAAGCCGAGCGUGAAAUAAACCCGUCACCCACGUGACGUGUCCACGUGCA